AUGUCAUGUAAAAACUCACCACCAGCAAAGGAAGAUACUAUUAUGUUGGAUAAUAUGGAUAGAGAGAGUGUAGUUGGCCCAGAAGCAGGACCUUUAGGAGUAAAUUGGAGUAAGCUCAGACUAGUUGAUUUGCAAGCUAUGUGUAAAAGAUGCAACCUACCUUCUAAGAGCACCAAAACAGAGUUAGUUGAAAGGCUAGAAGAUUUCUGGAACGAGUCAGAAGAAGUAGAAAAACUACAAAAGGAGUAUGAUAUUUUGAGGUUUAUGGAAAACAGACUAAAGGAGAAAAUUGAGUCUAAAUUUGAGAGUGCAGUGAUGGCAGUUCUGGAAAGAAACCUUCAACAAUUUGCAUCACAGUUUAGAAACCUUCAAGAAGUAUUAGUGGAGACUAAGUUCCUGGAAAAGAAAUUUAAAAGGAUGAGAGACCAACACGAAUAUGAUUUUGUUUGUCAAGUUGGCAAGCUACUCACUAAAGCUAUUCAGGAGGAAUCGAUAGUGAGGGUACAUGAGGCCUUUAACAUAGUAAAAAUAAGGGCCUUUACAUUAAGAACUGCAGAAGACGAAGGCUGGAGAGUUGCAGCAAAUAUCCCAAAGCUUGCACCAACAGAAAAAGAUGAGCUUCAUGAGUUGUUGAUAGAGGCAAGGAAACAGGCGAAGCCAAAAGAACAUAAACCUUUCCAGAGGCCUAGUUCACAACGUUUUACACCAUACCCCCAAGUACAAGAUUUACGACAAGGUCAGUACCAACAGGCUUAUCAGGGACAUCAGAAGCAAGCCUUUUUUACAAACUCAGGACCUUCGUUCAUGUCAGCCAACAAAAGAAGCAGUCAGUUAGUAUGUUAUUAUUGUGGUGGUAUGGGCCACAUUGCAUCAGCCUGUGCCUCUAAAACAGAAAGCAGUAUUAGUAAAGAAGGAUUUUUUGUAAAG